CCCCGGCUGGGCCAUGUCAAGAGGCCCGGGCUCUGCCCCGCUGCCCCCGACCCCGGGGUUACGGAAACACGCUCCUCGGAGCUUCAGCUGUCUCUCGGAUCUGGAUCCGCGACCCUGCAGACCCCCGGGCUGCGACCCUCGGCUGCAGCCCAUCAUCCAGAGGCGCGCGCGCUCCCUGCCCAGCUCCCCCGAGCGCCGUGCCAAGGCUGCGGGAGCUCCCGGCGCUACGUGCCGAGCCGGCUGUAACCGGCAGCUCCGUGUGCGCUUCGCUGACGCUCUGGGCCUGGAGCUGACGCAGGUUAAGGUGUUCAACGCAGGGGACGACCCGUCCGUGCCGCUGCACGUGCUGUCGCGCCUCGCCAUCAACUCGGACCUGUGCUGCAGCAGCCAGGAGCUGGAAUUCAAACUGCAGUGCCUGGUUCCCGACUUCCCCCCGCCGGUCGAAGCCCCUGGCUUUGGAGAUCGCCUGGCAAGGCAGCUGGUGUGCCUGGAACGUGUCACCUGCUCGGACCUGGGCAUCAGCGGCACAGUGCGCGUGCGCAACGUGGCCUUCGAGAAACAGGUAGCAGUACGCUACACCUACUCUGGCUGGCGCAGUGCUCAUGAGGUCGUGGCUCGCUGGAGAGGGCCUGCGGGUACCGAGGGUACCGAGGACAUCUUUGCCUUUGGCUUUCCCGUGCCACCCUUCCUGCUGGAGCUCGGCUCCCACGUACUCUUUGCACUGCGCUACCGCGUGGCUGGUGCUGAGUACUGGGACAACAACGAUGGUCGCGACUAUAGCCUUACUUGCCGCAGUCAUGCCCUGCACAUGCCACGCGGGGAGUGCGAAGAGAGUUGGAUCCACUUCAUCUGAGCUGCUGGCUGUGAACCCGGA